AUGUAUCGUCGAUUAUUUAAAAGAAAACAUGAUUUAUCACCACGUAUAAUAUAUCCAAGUACAUUAAUGCAAUAUGAUAAACAUAAUACUACUACUAAACAUUAUAAAUCUGCAUUGAAUUAUAUUAAAACAACUAAAUAUACAUUAUUAACAUUUAUACCAUAUAAUUUAUGGGAACAAUUACAUCGUUUUGCUAAUAUUUAUUUUAUAUUUAUAUUAAUAUUAAAUUUUAUACCAGAAAUUGAUGCAUUCGCUAAAGAGAUAGCACCAAUCCCAGUAUUAAUUACAUUAAUUAUAGUUGCUAUUAAAGAUGCCUAUGAAGAUUUUAGAAGAUAUUUAUUAGAUCGUAAAGUCAAUAAAAAACCAUGUGAAGUUUAUUCAGUACAAGAAAAACAGUACAUCAUUGAUCAAUGGCAAUAUCUUCGUCCAGGAGAUUUUGUUCGUUUACAUACUAAUGAUAUAAUUCCAGCUGAUAUUUUAUUAUUAGCUACAUCAAAUAGUACUGGGAUUUGUCAUAUUGAAACAUCAAAUUUAGACGGUGAAUCUAAUUUAAAACAACGUGAAAUUAUUUCUAACUUGUCGAAUAAAGAUGAAUUUUCACCACUGACAUUUCUUUAUCCAAUUGAAGUAGAAGCUCCAAGUGCUGAAUUAUAUAAAUUCCAUGGGAAAAUUAUACUACCAGAAAUACGUAUUCCUAUUCACAAGAAUAAUAUGUUACUAAGAGGUUGUGUAUUACGUAAUACGGACUAUGUGAUAGGUAUUGUUAUCUAUGCAGGUUGUGAAACAAAGGCAGCUUUGAAUAAUUCUGGUGUUCGAUUCAAAAGAAGUAAACUGGAAAAACAAAUUAAUUUAGAUGUUAUAUGGUGUGUACUUAUUCUAGUUGUAGUCUGUGUCACUGGAGCUAUUGGUAGCGCUGUUUGGCAUCAGAAUUUACCAGGUGAUGAUGUAUUGUUCGUUGCACUUGACAGAAAUUCUUCAACUUCAACACCUGCUUAUCAAGGUUUUCUCAAUUUUUGGAGAUUUGUAAUCAUUUUUCAAACUAUUAUACCAUUACCAUUGUAUGUAACAAUUGAAUUUGUUAAAAUGCAUCAAGUAUGGCAUAUGAAUAAUGAUUUACAAUUAUAUGAUAGUAAUUUAGAUAGACGUAUUGAAAUACGUACAUUUAAUAUUCCUGAAGAUUUAGGUCAAAUUGAAUAUGUAUUCACUGAUAAAACAGGUACAUUAACAGAGAAUAAAAUGGAAUUUAAACGUGCCAGUAUUAAUGGAAAAGAUUAUCAUACAGAUGAUGGUGAUUAUCAUGAAAAUAACGGUCAAUUCAGUAAACAUUCUUCACCAAAGCAUAUUGUAACAAAUUUAAAUACAUUACAGAGUAUAUUAGAGAAUAGAACAAUUUUUUCUUAUCAUCAAAAGACUAUCAAUAAUGAUAUGGAAUAUUCUGAUCAUAGUUCCAGGAAUUAUUAUUUCAAUACUGAUAAAGAAAUCAAUAAUAUUGAAUUUAUUACAAUACAACCAUCUAAUGAGAUACCAUCAACUAGUCAUAUCCAAAUGGAUGAUACUAAUACUCCAUCUUACUAUUUAUCUCAUUCUAUAUCAUCACCAUCAUCUCAACAAAACAAUAUAGAUAUUGAAAUAAAUCAUGAAAAACAAUGGAAAAUGAAUGAAAAAUCUAAGAAUUUAUUAAAUGAAAAAUGUAAUUCUAUAGAAAACAAAUCAAAACCAUUACAUAAUCAAGUUUUAUUAACUGAAGAAAUACGUAUUCAAGAUUUUUUCUUAGCUUUAGCUAUAUGUAAUACAACUGUAGUGUCUGUUACAAAGAAUACUCCAACAAUGUUUCAGGAACCACCUCCACGUCGUAAAGGAUUUCGUGAUUUCUUUCGUUCUGGUAAAUUCAAUUCAGUUACAUAUCUACAUCAGAAGUUACGCAAAACUAAACAGCAACAACAACAACAAAGUCAACCUAGUACACUAUUAGAUAAGUCUAACAUCAUAAUAAAAGAUAAAAUAGAUAAUAAUAAUAAUAAUAAUAAUUUAUCACGAGUUAAACAAACAAUUAACUUAUCUAAUCUAUUUUUAAAUAAAUUACGUUCAACUAAAAUUGAUAAAACAAAUACUCAAUCAGACAAAUUGAAUGAUCAACAUCAUCAUCAUCAUGAUCAUAAUAGUACCAUAUCUUCUAAUCUCUUAGUUACUAACAAUAUAAAUCAUAACACCAUAAUUAAUCAUACUAAACUUAUUAAUCAUGAAGAAACUAGUCAAGAAACAUUUAUCAUGGAUGAUUCUAUUUCUACUAAAUUAGAUGAUAUAGAAAUACAAUCAAUAAAGAUUGAUGAAAAUUAUCAUAGAAAUGAAAUCAAUCAAAUCGAUAAUAAUAAUAAUAAUAAUAAUCAAUUAUUAAAAAUCAAUAAUAUCAAUAUUAAUUCAGCUAGAUUAUUUAAUGAAUUUAUGAAAGAUAAUUAUUAUAAAGAAUCUAUCUUGUAUUAUUAUUCAAGUCGUUGUUUACCACCAGUUAUUGAAGCAUUAAAUUUAGAUAUAAUAUUCAAAAAUUCUAAUCAUAUAUUAAAUAAUAAUAAUAAUAAUAUACAAAUGAAUAUAGAAAAUAAAAAAUUUAUUGGACAUUGUAUAUUACCACAAUAUGAAGAUAAUCAUUUAAGUUCAUAUAAUAGUAGUAGUAUAUCAAUGGAUGAAUUAAAUUUACAUCAUUCUUCAAUUUAUAUACAACAAUCAGAUUUUGAAUCAUUAGAAUCAGCUAAUCAUCGUUUCGAUUUGAAUAAAGAUAAUAAAUUAGAUAACCAACAUGAUAAUAAUGAAAAUCUCACUAAGCUCAAAGAUUUAAAACUCAAUCUUAUCAAGGAGAAAAGUGUUCAAAAUGAUAAAAAUCAAUUGGAAGAAGAAUUAGAAAUAAAUACAGCUAGAACUCUUACAGUACGUAUACACAAUGGUAGUUCAUUUGAGUUACCUAUUGAAUCUGAUAUUUAUGCACAAACUCCAUCUGAAUUAAAACAAUGUCCAUUAUCAGAUAAUACUUUAUUUAAUUCUUAUGAAUCUGAAAGUCCUGAUGAAAUAUGUUUAGUAAAAGAGGCAUGUAAACGAAAUUACAAAUUAUUACAACGUGGUGUUGACUUCAUAUUAUUAUGGUUACCAAAAGAUGGACUUGUUUGUAUACAUGUACUACGUAUUCUACCAUUUGAUUCAAAAAGAAAACGUAUGUCUAUUAUAUUUCGUCAUCCAUAUACAAAUGAACCAAUUCUAUUUACAAAAGGUGCAGAUUCAUCAAUUAUGAAUCGUUUAGAUAAUACAGGAUUAAAUUCACGUGAAUUAAUAACUGCUACACAGGAACAAAUCGAUCAUUAUUCACGUUUGGGUUUAAGAACAUUAGUUAUAGCUGAACGAUUAUUGACAGAAGAUGAACUUCAUGAAUGGUUAAAAGAAGUCUAUGAAAUAGAAACUGGAAAUGAAAAUUCAACAGAAGCCAUGAUGAUAAUGAUGGACAAAUUAGAGCGUAAUUUUAUUCUUUUAGGUGCUACAGGUAUAGAAGAUCGUUUACAAAAUGGUGUACCAGAAACUAUUGACGCGUUACGUGAAGCUGGUAUGCAUGUAUGGAUGUUAACAGGUGAUAAGCAAGAGACUGCAGUGAAUAUUGCUCGUUCGGCUAAUCUGAUUACACCACAACAUAGAGUAAUGUAUAUUAAUUCACGUUCAGAGGCUCGUAUAGAAUAUCUUUUAAAUUCAUAUUUAUACAAUAUUAUUAGUGGACAAUUAUGGGAUUGUUCUAAUGAAUUAGAUGAUAAACUUGAAAAAUUUACUAAUCCACGUUAUUCUAAUUCUCAACAACAACAACAACAUCAACAACACAAUAACAAAAAUCAUCAAACUAAUCAUAAAUCUAAAAGAAAAUCUAAUUUGCAUCGAUCAUCUUCACAUUCACCACAUCGUAGUCGUACUAUACAUCGUGUACGUAUUAUACCUACACAAAAACCAUCUUCAUUACCACGUGAUAUUACUUAUUUUCAUGAAUAUAAUAAUACUACUACUACUAAUAAUAAUAAUAAUAAUAAAAAAACAAAACAAAAAAUUUUUUUUAAUUUUUCAAAAUUUCUUAAAUAUUAUCGUUUGUUGACAAGACAACAACAUCAUCCUAAACGUAAAGUAACUAAUUAUAAAAGGCAUAGCAACAAUAAUCAUAAUAUGGAUAAUUAUAUUCCAUUAGCUUUAGUAAUUGAUGGUGAAAGUUUAAAUUAUGUAUUAAAUAAUGAAAGAAAUAAAUCACAAUUUAUUAAAUUAUGUGAUAUGUGUACAAAUAUUAUAUAUUGUCGAUCAACUCCUGGACAAAAAGCCGCUGUAGUUAGUUUAGUGAAAGAUCAAUUAAAUGCUCAAACAUUAGCUAUUGGUGAUGGUGCAAAUGAUGUAAAUAUGAUACAAGUAGCUAAUGUUGGAAUUGGUAUUAAUAGUGGUGAAGAAGGUAUGCAAGCUGUUAUGGCAUCGGAUUUUGCUAUUAGUCGAUUUUAUUUACUUAAACAAUUAUUACUUGUACAUGGACAUUGGUGUUAUGAUAAACUUGCACAUGCUUCUUUGUAUUUAUUUUAUAAAGAUGCAAUUUAUAUAUUUCUAUUAUUCUGGUUUCAAAUGUUCAAUGGUUUUUCCGGUAGUAAUGCAAUUGAUCAAUUAUCACAAAUAUUAUUUAGUGUUACAAUGACUAGUUUACCACCAUUUAUUAUGGGUAUUUGGGAUAAUCCAUUAGAUGAUAAAACUUUAUUAGCUAAUCCUAUAUUAUAUAGAUCUGGAAUAAAUGGUAAUGCCUAUCGUCCAUGGUUAUUUUGGAUGAAUAUUUUCGAUGCAUUAUGGCAAAGUUUAAUUAUAUUUUUUCUAUCAUAUUUUACUUAUUCGGACGAUAAUAUUGGUUUAUGGGAAUUUGGAUUAUUUCAAACAAAUGCAACAAUUCUAUGUACAUUAUUUCAUUCAUUAAUAAUCACUAGGACAUUGGUUAUAUUACAUGCAGUUAGCUUUUUUGUUAGUUAUAUUCUAUCAUAUUUAAUAUUUACAAUGAUCUAUCAUACAUUUGCUGUUACUGUUGUUCCACCUGAAUGUCCUUAUCGAAUUAUAUUUCGAGUAAUGAAUGAUAUCAAGUUUUGGUUAUUAACAUUGGUUACUAUUAUUUUGGCAUUAUUACCCAGAUUACUUAUAAUUAUCAUUAAAAAUACUUUCUAUCCAAAUAUGGAUACUAUUGGUAAUUUACUUGCAAAAUAUUUAGGUCGUGGUAAACAUUUACCAUUAGAACCAUAUUUAUUACAUAUACCAUAUUCAUUAAUGAUGAGAAAUCGAUUUUCUAUACAAUCAACAAUCAAUCAUUUAUCAUCUUGUAUAUCUGAAAUCAAUUUAAAUAAUCAAUUAAUCAAUAAAUCUUAUAAAAAUAAUAAUUUAAUGGAAUAUAAUUCAUCAUUAAGUCAUAUAUCUUCAUCAUCAUUAUCAUCAUCAGAUAUUCAAUCAAAUUUAAUUAAAUUAAAUGAAACACCAAUACAUUUAAUAAAACAUUUACAUCAAUUACUGAAUGUGAGUAGUCAAUUAAUGAGAGGUGUACAACCUAUUCAUCAUUUAUAUGUUGAAGACAUUUCAAAGAAUUCAAUAGGAAUAGAUCAUCUUCAUCAGCAACAGCAUCAACAUCAUCAUCGUCAACGAUCUAGUACUAUACCUAGAAUUAUAACAGAUUAUAAUAAUUGUCAAUAUGAUCAAAAUGAUAUACAUAAACGUCAUCAUCAUCAUCAUCGACAUUAUCAUACAUUUAAUGGUAGAUUAUUAAUAAAACAACAAAAUAAAACUGAUUUUGAUGAUGAAACUAAUGAUAAAGAUUUUGAUAAAUCAAAAUUAUCUUCUAUUUGGCCAGCAAUUAAUCCUAAUAAUAGAAUAAGUAAUAGUAUUCAAGCUUCAAAUAGUUCAAUGAAUAUUGAUCUUUCAACUAUUGGUCAUAGGAGUAGAGGAUCAAAAAGUCAAAAACAAACACAACAACAACAAUACUUCACAUAUCCUUCAGCUCGAUAUUCACCUGGACAUAGACCGCCUUUAUGUCAAAACAGACAUUUUCCUUUUGAAUUAGAUCCAAGAGAAUAUUCGUCCACUAAUCAAUCUCAGGAAGAAAUUAACGAAUCUUAA